UGUUAAUUAAAAUCUAGGUGCAUACAUUUUCAAAUUGCUGAUGGCUUCGGCAUCAAGUAGCAGUGCGCGCCAUCUAUUUAACGAUAGCAAACAACGUUUAUGCGACCGUGUUGGUGUAAAUGUUAAUAAUUUGGGGUCUGUAGCACGUCAAAUUGUGCGGGGCUCGAAAUCAAAUGAGAUUUUGGGACAGACUAUAAAGAAUUUUACACAAGUCGACAUUGUUUCGGAUUAUAGUAGUCAAAAUUUAAAUAAAAUGGAAUUGAUUUUAAAACACGUCAACUACCAACAUGAUACCAUACUGGAUAGCAUCAAUCAUUUAGAUUUUGUAAUGGAACAAGUAACGUCUAUGGAAAGAUGAUUAGAAGAGAACAGAAGUAAUAGAUUGUAAAAAAGAAAUGGUACAUUUGCUUUGGUGAUCCACAAAUUGUUUUAUAUAAAGAUUUACAUUCUAAUUACUUUUGUUUAAGAAGCUCUAAACCAUUUGGAAAAUAUUUAUAUAAUUUUCAGAAUAUGAUUGGCGUAUAAUACCUACUUAAGCUAUGUUUUUCAGUUUGGGUAAUACAAGCUCAUUUAAUUGGGCUAUUUCUUAAAAAAAGUAUCGAAGAGCUUUCAUCUGGAAGUGCUCUUGAUUGUAAAAAGGCAUUUAUAAAGAAAUACUCUUAACAAUAUCUUGCACCAUGGCUUUCAGUUAUAAAUUUAAAUUCAAAAUUGUCGAUUUACUGACUGUUAACCAGCCACUAGUAUUUUAUCUGUAGUCU